UCACCUCGGCCCGCCUGAAGCCAUCUAAAUUUCAUGAAAUGAGUAUGAUCGUCAAACAUAUAUAAUGUUAAUAAUGUUUCAAACUAAAUGUGAAAACCUUACGGUUAGCUAGAUGAUAACCAGGUGAACAUUUUGUCCACAAUCCUUUGGUGGAGGAAUGUGGGACCACAGUUACCCUUACCUACACACAGUUAUUUAUGUACAAAACAUUUAAAUUGUUGAUUUAAUUAGUUUGUGCUCAUUUCAUAAAAUGUUGCUUUGCUAAAGCUUAUGUUGAAACCAUGAGGAACUACAAACUGCAGUUUUCACUCACAUUCAACUGCAAUGCAGGAAGUAGUGAGACAUUACUGCAAAAGAGCAGGUUGAGAUUAAAUUUUUUUAUUUAUUGCUUAAAUGGCUUGCUUUGAAUCUGAGCUAAAGCAAACUAACAAUAACUUGCUGUGUAUCAUCUAUACCAUGAUUUAAGGGUCCUCAAAUUAUGUGAAUAUAUUCCAGUGAGGAUACAUAGUGUUUAUAAUAUUUAAACAUAAGUUAUAUACAGUAAUGAUCCAUUGUUUUGCUACACAAUGAAAUGUAUUCACAUUUCUACGUGAUAUCUAUAUCUAUAUUGUUAUUUUAUUCAUAUCCCAUAUGCAUUUCGUUGUCUUAGUAAUUGUACUUUGUGCCAUAAAAAUAAAGUUGAAUCUUAUCUAAUCUAAUCUAACCUACUUCCUACUUUAAUUGAAAUGCCUGAAAUGGUCGUUGUGAUUGCUCCUUUCCAAACGUCUUCCAUGUUAUUUGUAGUUAUACUGAACCUGAGAUCUGUUGCUGGUUACCUCUAGCUCAAACUAAUGGAAUUUGAACAAUUUAUAGCAUGAAAGCGUUCAUUGUUGGAGGGAAAAUACUACAUGUUGUACUUUUUAAUGUUGUUGAAACUGACAUUGUGGCAUUGAGUUUGGCCUGAUUUUUGUUCUCUUGGAAUGCAGAUAAUUCAACUCUCUCACCUCCACGCACCUAUUCCACUUCACCUUCAGUAACCACCCUAUCUGCCUCAACUCCACCCCCCAUGACAGAAGCUCCUGUCGUGUCUUCAACCACCCAAACAACUGCCCACAUACCUCCACUUACCUCGCAGACCCUCACCUCAGAGUCCUCAAGUCAGACACCCAGUUCAAACACCACGUCUGCCUCUUCUCCUGCAAACACCUCAUCCUCACCCACAGACACUUCAACCAGCAGGGAACCAGACUCUCAAACAAACCAAACUCACAAUGCGACCUCGCCUCCAACCACUGCGCCCAACACCACAGUCAUUACAACCAUCCCAGCCAGUACACCAGCCCCUCCACCUCCACAGUAUAAUGACAAAGCUCUGAUUGGGUCUCUGGUCUUCCUCAUCAUCCUCAUACCUGUGGCUCUGCUUUUCUACAAGAUUUACAUUCGGAAGUGCAGAAAGUCCCAUGAUGUGAAUGAUGACAUGAUGCUUGAAUCAGAAGCCAUUUAUGUCAAUGCACGACCUCCAGGAUGGCGUCAUAGAGAAGCUCGCUGAUGAAGAAGGUGUAAUGGAGCUGCCUACCAAAUCAUCAUUUACGCCUUCUGCUUGUGUUGUUCAGCAUGUAGUAGGUCUUUUUGACAUCUUAGAAAUUACUCUAAAAUGUAGUUAUCUUUUGUUAUCAGCUAAUAGCUCCAAUAUUAUGCUUGCUUUUGUUUUACUUUCAGCCUGUCUGUCGCUUUGAUGUGCACAUUGUAAUAUGUAAGAAACCAGCCCGCUUUCAGUCAUCAAAUACCGAGGUUUUGUCAUGCCCCUCGACAUCAUUAAAGUUUUAAGUUAUAUAAU